AUGGCACCUCGUGCAUCAUCUAUCAGUGCGGUGAAUCGCAUUAUCACAUUACUUGCCGGGGACAAAUCGUUUAAUCAUCUGUUCCACAAUAUCGAAGCGGUUUCCGCAACUGAGAAAUGUCUCACUUGUCGGUUUCUUGUCUCACAGGCAGAAACAAAUGAGCUGCAUACGUUACAUGGCGGUUACAUCACCGGUGCGGUCGAUUUUGUCUCUUCAGUCGAUCUGGUUCGUAUGGGACAUCGAAAUCACGUCAGUGUUCACCUGGGGGUUGAUUUUAUGAGACCGGGCAAAUACGAGUCGUGGAUCAAAGUCGACUCGUAUGUUCAGAACAAGGGCAAGCGUUUGGCUUUCUGCGAUGUCCUGUUCACAGACGAGGACACUGGAAAGCUGUUGGCUAAGGGAACGCACACGAAAUUCCUCUUGCCUGACGAGCCAUCGAGUUCUUAG